AUGUUUAAAUUUACCUUUCAAGUAGAACCGGACGAAGAAACAUCAUCGGUGGCAUUAAAAGAUGAGAAGACCAAGUCAUCUGCCGAAACAAAAGGAAGCAGCACCACCACGGAAGAAACCCCAGAUGUAUAUCCAUGUGAGGAGCUUACCUUUGACACCAGCGUACUUCAAAAUGCAGUUAGUCCGGACGUAACGAACACAUUCAUCCUGACACCCGAUUGCUCGAUAGAAUAUCUAAAUCAUCUUGCCCUGCUGGAUGAAACGUUUACCGACGAUAUAGUGACGGCAGAAUCCGACCAUUCCGAUCUGAUCCCGAACCGGUACGAAGGUGGACUGAAGGUGUGGGAAUGUACGUACGAUUUGGGGCAGUUCCUAGCUGCAUCCGGUGAACGGACGGCUGAACUUCACGGGAAGAAAGUGUUGGAUCUUGGGUGCGGUGCGGGCAUCCUUGGUAUUGAGGCACUGCUGCUCGGGUCCAGCUGUGUACACUUCCAAGACUAUAACAAAGAUGUGCUGACGAAGCUAACGAUGGUAAACUACGAUCUAAACUGCCGCUCAAAUGAGACCGACGAAGCAACCAAACAAAGUCCCACCGUGAAUGUCAAGUUCUACUCAGGUGAUUGGGGUUGUUUUACGGACAAAUACCAACAGACAUACGAUCUCAUACUUACCUCGGAGACGAUCUACUCCACGCAGAACUACGCCAAACUGUUGGCACUGUUCGAUCGGAAGCUGGAACCGGACGGUGUCGUAUAUUUAGCGGCAAAAACGUACUACUUCGGCGUUGGUGGUGGUGUCCGGUUGUUCGAACAAGCCAUCGAUAAGGAUGGUCGAUUUCGGUACGAGGUCGCGUGGAAGUGUGAUACGGGCGUAAAGCGUGAGAUCCUUCGAAUCACCCGAAAAUAA